AUGUCUCUUGAAGACUCGGCUUCCAGCGAUCCCAUCACAGCGUACGCCGUCGGAACGACGCUGACGCUGCUCCCCCACAUGAAUCUAGCCACGCCUUAUGCUAGAUGGUACGGAUGGCGGGAAGACAAGGAAAAGCCCGAAAGUGCCAAAAACGUGGAAUACCAUCCAAGCAACUACACGCCUCCCGCCGCAGAGAACAAGUCAGAGCAGCUCAGUGUUCAAGUCUUGAAGGUCAUACACGUCAUUGGCGGUGAAUUUUCCCAUGAAUCUCUGCGCCUGGUUUGCAAAGUUUUGAAGGCCCCCAGCACAGAACUCGACAACGGCGAACGCCUUCGCGAGGAGAAUAUCGUUGUCGCCGAAGUCUUCGACCAUAUGCUUUACGCCACUCUCGUGCUUCCGUUUGCUCCGGUCUUGAGGUCGACCUAUCUGGCCAAUUCUGAGUUCUAUCAGACUGCUGGAGUCUACAAGCGCCUCCACUCGGCAGGCGAAGAAAAUGUCAAGCUCACCGGACCGUCUCAAAUGGCCCCGGAAUACCACGGAUCCUGGGUUAUCCAGCACUUACCAGAGAAAAAUGACGGUAGCAUCACUACGAGGUAUGUCGGCGCCGUCCUCAGGGAGCAUGUAGAGGGACCUUCCAUCGAGUCCGUCUGCUAUCGCCAUGAGCGCGAUGGCCUCUUUCCGCUGCGCAAGAUACGCCCUCAUAAAGACCUGGACAGGGAGAUAUCACUUGAAGACAGGGAUGUCCGUCUCGACAUCAUGAAACAGAUCAUCCACGGCCUCGUCGUUCACAAGAAAUACCACAUCGAGCACGAGGGCCCCGAGGCAAAGAACUAUGUCAUCACCCUCCGCCGCAACGGCGAGAUCCUCGAGAAGCCGCAAGCCGUUCAAGUCAACUUCGGGUACACCUACCUGUGGGACCUGACCAUAUGGGCAAAGUCCAAGCACCAACAUCACCAGACCCAUCUCAACAUCCCGAAACUGCCUCAUCCCAUUCAUCCCAUCGAGUUAUACGACUUCGAUUACCUGACCGACUUCGCAGGCUGGACACCUUGGCACUGGACAUCUGGUCAAUGGUUCCGAAAAGGGACGAGCUUGAUGCACAAGUGGUUUCUGCGGCCUGACGUGUUCGGACCGAAGCAGGAAGGGCCCAACUACUCACUCUUCGCCACUCUACAACAGGAGGAGGGGCUUCAAGACGAGCAACCUGCCACUCUCAGCAACACUCAGGACCUUGGGACUGAAGACUCGGGCAAUGCGUGCGAGGAUGGUGGGCAGUGA